AUGGAAACCAACCGUUGCCGGGAGCUGACCUGUGCGCGCGGGAAACAGCUGGUGGACUCCAGGUGCGAGUCAAAGGUCAAGGUCGCUAACGGCCUGGCCUAUGAGGUCAGCCUCACUCUGACCGGCGCUGUGAGCGAGAAGCAGACGGCCAAGAUGACCCAGGACAUUUUCCCGGGGACUGACAGAGACAGUGACGUCAAUGAGAUAUCGCAACAAGUGAAGGGCCACUUCUUGUUCCUCCUCUUCAACAAAACCUUCCGAGAUUUCUCCAGCGACACCCUCCUCACCUACGGCAAAUCUCACAACUUCUCAGAAACCACCACUACCACCACCACCACCACCACCACCAACAACAACAACAACAGCACCACUACCACCACCACCGCCACCAAAAAAACCUCCACCUUCUCCGUGUCAUUCUACGCCAAACUCCUUCUGCAACAUUCCGUGGUCGUGCAAGACUUCGAGUCCAAACUGUUGGCCAUAACGGACAACCGCACAUGGACCAUAAACGUGAAUGGAGUGCCGCUUGACCUGUGGUCAAGCUACAACAUCCCUCCGGCUGGUCAACUCCUCAAGAAUCUGGCUCCACCUAAUGACGUCACAUACCGCCCUGUAAAAGACGGGGUCUCACCACUCCCUGCAUCGCCUAACGUAGAACCGACACAUUAUUAUUAUUAUCAUAAUUCUCCUUAUUCUCCUAAUUCUCGUAAUUUUCCCGCAAGGAAUCGUUUUGACCUCAGCUUUAACGACGAGACGACUUCUGAUGAUAAUACUGGUGACGAUGAUGACGAGAAGGAAGGGAUGGCGUUUAUUCUAGUGAAGAGAGCGCUCCAGUGUCCUCGUUUGACCUUUAACCUGUCAGAGAGUGCAGAGGUCGAGUUGAUCGCCGUCAACUCUUCAGCUGACGAGAAAGGCGGGCAGACGACGACGACGUACGAAUUACGUCACACCGGAAGUGGGGAGACCUUUUCUCUGCAAGACUUUUACAUGAGCGAAGAGCGCGGGGAAACGUCUGUCGUUGUUUAUUUAUGCGCGGACGCCUUUCUGAAGUACCUCCCCACUGUGAAGACGACGAACAACGUUACGAGUAUAGAUCUAUUCGGCGUAGGCUUAGUCGUAACUUCCUACGUCUGUCUGGGUCUUUCUAUUCUAACCCUAAGCCUAACCCUACUCACGUACGGACUCUUCGCCUCGCUGAGAACGCUACCUGGCAAAGCCACUAUGGGCUUCUCUAGCACGCUAUUGGCUGCUAUUAUUCUGUUUCUGAUUGGAGGCUUCCUCGAUGACGUCACAGUUCUCUGCGAAGUAGUAGGCGUGGCCACACACUUCUUCCUCCUAUCAGCGUUCACCUGGAUGGUCAUAUGCACCGCCCACAUGUACUACGUGUUCACAAAGCUGCUAGAACACAAGGUCGCCGAACACGAAACAAAAUCCAGAUUCCUUGUCUACGUUCUCAUCAGUUUUCUCAUCCCUGCCGUCAUCGUUUCGUUGACGAUAACGUGCAACAGCAUCUACCAGGCAAGUAAAGACAACGACGACAACAACAGCACCGAUAUCAGGAGUGAUGGUGACGGUAACCGUUUCGUGACGUGUGACGCCCCGACAGACUGGAUCGGCUACGGAGCUGGGAUCUGUUAUCUGUCUAACAAGCUCAGUCUUCUGUUGGCGGGUGUCCUGCCCAUCGUCUUGGCUUGUGUCAUCAAUUUGGGGGUAUUCUUUCGAGCCAUGAUGGCGCUGCGCAGUAUGACGUCACAGCAGAAGUUGGUGAGGAAGGAGGCGACCAACAGCUUAUUGAUUUACGUCAAGCUUUCUUCUCUCACAGGUUUGAACUGGCUGCCGUGUAUGAUCGCUGUGUUUGUGUCUAACGUCGUCCUCUGGUACUUGUUCCUGAUUCUCUGCGGGCUGCAGGGCGUCUAUGUAUUCGCCGCCUUCUGCCUCAACAAGCGAGUCCUCGCCUUGUACCGACAGAGAUUCGAGCCUCGGCGCUCCCGCAAAGACGCCAAAAAGUACGCCCGACCCGCGACCCAGGGGUCAGAGGGCAAACCGGACCAACGCAUGCUCAAAGAGGGGACCGACUCCUCCACACUGACCACACUGUCCAGCCACCUGGAUUCUUCAGAGUCAGAAGGGAAACCCGGGCGGCAGAAAUUGGUGGAGAAUACUCACAUUUAGGCGGAAUAUUGGGAAAUUGAAUGUUGUUGUGUGUGUGUGUG